AAAAGUGGUAAUAAUUUACAAAAGGAUUGUUUUUAAUGUUUCACCGCUCGAAGGGAGAGAACAGCUUAUGUCUCUCAUAGAAUUGGGUCAGAUGAAGUAUUUCGAGCCGUCACGAAGAAUCCGCAAAAAUUCUGACAGGUCAGAAAGCUACGAAAUAGAUCUGCCACGCCUGGAUACUAAUCGGAAUUCCAUCAUGCAAGGGAUACCAAAAUUACCUCUCAAAACCCUUUCCUUAGGGUCUUUUUUUAUAUUCAUUCUCCACUGGUUGGUAAAAUUUGAGCAGGUGCGUGAACAUGGCAGUUUCUAUGAUUUAAAUAUCGCUGUAGAAAAGGACUUCCAACCUUACGGAAUGAAAGAACCAGAAUUGUUCCCUGUUACAGGAGUAAGAAGAAUUCCAAAAAUUAUCCAUCAGACAUGGAAGGACAAAAUGGUACCUCGGAAACUGACAUCUUGGGUGAAAUCAUGGGUUAAAAAUCAUCCUGAUUGGGAAUAUUGGUUAUGGACAGAUGCCAGUGCUCGAGAAAUGUUGGCUGAUAAAUAUCCUUGGUUCCUGUCAACAUUUGAUAAUUAUCCUGAAAAUAUUCGACGGGCUGACGCUCUGCGAUAUUUUGUACUUUAUGAAUUUGGAGGUGUUUAUGCCGAUAUGGAUAUGGAAAGUUUCAAAUCUGUUGACCCAUUAUCCUUGAAAUAUUCCUGUUUUCUUGGACAAGAACCAUAUGAACAUCCUGUUUUGGAUUCUAAUUUUGAACAUAUUGUAAUCAAUGCCAUCAUGGGUUGCCGUAAAAAUCACCCUUUUAUGAAAAAGGUAAUGGAAAGUUUGCCAGAUUUUUCACACAUGUGGAAUGUCCUCGACAGCACAGGUCCACAUUUUUUAACUCUCCACUACCGUCAAUACCAGAAAAAUAAUAUACCCCCUGAUGUCGAUGAUGGGGUUUAUUUAGCACCAGCUGAAUAUUUCUUUCCAACAAUUGAUCCUGUAAAAUUUUUCUGGAUGCGGACUCAAUGCGCUAAGUUUGACAAACUCACCAAAAUUCAACAGAAGGCAUGCAAAAGCCUUAAAGUAAAAGGCGUCAAGCGGACAAUACCUUCAAUAUCUUUUGCUACACAUCAUUGGAUUCAUACUUACCUAGAUCUGAGCAUCACAUUGAAGGGACCCGUUGAAAUUCACACUGUCGUUCCACACGUGAAAAUAUAUAAAAGUAGUAAAACUUUGAGUUAGUGGGUGAUAGUUUCCAAAUAAUAAAUUGUUCUACAUUAAAAUUGUUCAUAAAUGAUCAAAAAUGUUGUUCAUGCAAGAACCAUGAUUAAAUGGAUGUUGGUGUGGGAAUAAUUGAUGGCAGUGAAUGUGACUCGAUGCUUCAUUUGACUCUUGGAUAUUUCUUUUCUUAUUUUUUUUUAUACUUCUGAGGAAAAAAAAUUAUAUUUUUAUUUUAUUACAAUUUGUCUAUCACUUAAAAAAAUAUAUUCAUAUAUUUUUUUUAACGAAACUUAUCUUUAAAAAAAAAGCAACAACAAAAAUUAACAAACCAUGAUGUGUGAUAAAUAUUGGGAGAAUGUCAUUGGUUCAGUAGGCCUUUGUAAUAAUCAUUUCUGUUCUAUGUCAUUUAAACAUUAAAACAAAAAUUGAUCAAGAAUUGGAAUUCCACCUUAAAAAAUGGAAUUUGUCUAUCAAGCUGGAAUUAUUAGUUUCCAUGGAGAGAAGCUAUGGCUGUACUCUUAAAAAUUUGAGGUUCAUAACUAUUAAAAGACAUGAUUGAAUGUGUGAAACUCAUUAAGAAAAAAGUAAAACUAAUAGAGACAUUCAAUAAAUAUCUGGGUCUUCUCGUGUUAGCCUCUUUAUUGGAAAUAAAGUUUCAAAUUGAUGGAUUUUUCACUAUAAAGUUCUUAGCAGAUCAUUUCUAGCUUGGUUGACACCUAAAAUGAGCAGGAAUAUGGCAGAUCUUGAGCAAACAAAAGACAGAUCUUGAACAUUGUAAAGCAGAGAAUUUGCUGAAUUGUUGAAGCAUUGAAAACAGUAUCUUUCCAGCUCUAAAGUCAACUUUGACUUUCAUCCUUUCGAGGUCAAUAAAAAAUACUUGUCUUAUA